AUGAUCAACCCUCAAGACAGAUUUUGGUCCGACGGCCAAGCCUACUGCGGCCUGGUCGAAGACCCUGCCACCAAAACUUAUUGCAAUGUCUGGGAUUGGGACCAACUACGGAUGAUCAAGGUCAAAGGCACCGCCAAGCUGUUUCCGCCCGAUGGGAAUAUCGAGCCCUCAAUUUUGGCACCAUUAGCAGAUUAUCUAUCGCCGGAAGUUCGCACAAUCACAGUCGACGAUGAUGGGCUCCUUACUGAGGUUUCGACGGAUCCAGAAGAGGACGAAACCAUGUUCCUUGCAUAUCCUCCCCUCUCGCUCUGUGGAUCGCUUACCGAUUGCCGUACGAUUCAGUACUCUAAACUCCGAGAGCUCGAUCGGCUUGGGCCAUUUGUUGAUCUGGUAUCGUACGAAGAUGAGUCAGGGAUUCCUGAAAAGGUUGCUUUCAAGUUUAAUGUCUUAUAUAAGGCGUUAAGACUACAAAUGGCCUGGGAUGAACUUAAUAUUCUUAAAAGUCUACCAUCACAUCCUAAUAUGGUACCAUUUGAUCGCGUUGUCCUCGAUGAGUCUCGGGUGAUUGGUUUUACAACAAAGUACAUCCCAGGUGGAACUCUCGCCAAUCCAAAGAUCCCUUUUCGAUUUGAGUGGCUACAACAGCUUACUCAACUGGUGGAUUUCCUCAACCUUGAAUAUGGAAUCAUGCAUCAAGAUAUUGCACCCCGGAAUCUACUUGUCGACCCUUAUACACAUAAGAUCCUUCUUUUCGAUUUCGAUUGGGCUGCAUGCGGAGAGAAAAACCUACAAGACGGUCGUGAUGACGUUAGUAGCGUUGGCCUCACACUCUACGAGCUUAUCACGAAUGAUACGUCCUUCGCGGAGAUCCCCCACUGGGAACGAAAUAUGGACAUGGUACAAAGUAUCUCAGAGUGGACUAGUCAUCGUGAGCUGGACUCUGAGGUAUCCAAAUUCCGCGACUUUCUUAACGAGUGGGUUGCAACACGAAGAUCCGAUGUGGACGGCGAUAUGAAACGAUAUCUGAAUGCACCACACCGAUUUACGUUGCCGGACCUCCCGAAAAUUCCGGAGUAUAGUGUACCCUUUGUGUCGGGCACAAUUGAUGGAAAGCCAAAUUGGGUAACGGGCCCUCGAUAUAGAAGAACCGCCAUGGAGCUGGGACAGUAUUGUUUUCGCUGGGAGAGACCACCACAGAGCCGCUUGUUGAAAAAUGUUGAACAUAGUGUCAAAUAG